GGCGGGGGAGCCCGGCCCCAGCGGGCCGCCGCUCCCGCUGCCGCUCGGGCCGCCGCCGCCGCCCGCAGCUUCUAGGACACUGGUCUUGAAGCAGGACACACCUGACUGGUACAACACGAAGUGCAGAGAAGGCAGGCUCAGCCCGGAAGAGUCUACAGUCAACAUCUCUGGCUUUAACACAGCGGCGCAACACCAGUUCCUAAAUGGCCUAAAUAUCCUAUGGCAGGGUGUAUGUGAACGUGAAGCCGUUUGCAGUCCUGCGCCUGUCCCGUGAUGGCUGGCUGCAGGAGCACGCCUUGGUGGGAUUUUUGCCAUGUUGGUGUGAGACUCUGUAUCCAGAUGGACCAGAAAACCAUGAUGUGUGCCUUUGGGAACGUGGGCUGAGGUCAGCUGCGGAGCUGAAAACGUAUGGACAGGAAGAAAUGCAGCGUGUGGAUGUUCUUGCCUCUUGUGUUUACCCUGUUUACUUCAACCGGAUUAUGGAUAGUGUACUUCAUAGCAGUGGAAGAUAACAAAAUUAUUCCGCUAAGUGUGCCAGAUAGGAAACCUGGUGCCAAAAGACCACCUUAUAUAAGUAUUUCAGGUGAUGCACCUCCUGCAAGCUCUGUCUUUAGCCAAGUCAUGAACAUGGCAGCGUUUCUAGCGCUUGUCAUUUCUGUCCUGCGCUUCAUCCAGCUGAAGCCCAGGGUGCUAAACCCUUGGCUGAACAUCAGCAGCCUGGUGGUGUCAUGCCUGGCCUCCUUUGGGAUGACCUUACUUGGCAACUUUCAGCUUUCCAACAAUGAGGAGAUCCACAACGUGGGCACACUGAUGACCUUUGGCUUUGGGACCUUGACAUGCUGGAUCCAGUCUGUCCUCACCCUCAAGAUCAACCUGAAGAACGAAGGACGGAAGGUUGGGAUCUCACGAGUUACCCUGUCGGCCAGCAUCACCCUCUGCAUGAUUCUCUAUUUCGUCCUAGUGAUGCAGAGCAUCCACAUGCAUGCUGCCAGGAUCCAGUGGGCCCUGGUGAUGUGCAUCCUCUGCUACUUCGGCACAUUUGCGGUGGAGUUCAGGCACUACAGAUUUGAGAUCAUUUGCUCUGAGUACCCGGAAAACGUCCUGAGCUUUUCCGAAAUCCUAUCUGAAGCCUCUGAGUACCAGACGGAUCAGGUGUAGCCCGUCCUCUAGCAGGGUGAAGGGGGCUGGUGUGUUCUUAUAGGUUUAUCAUGACCUCACGUAUACUGUUUUGAUAAGUUUAUUUUCCAUGUGCAAUCACGAGCGUAUUGCCAAAGGGCUCUGAGGGACGGCUGGCUCAUUAUGAGCCAAAUGAAAAUAGCUGUCUGAUGGAAGAGGAAUGGGGCGUUUUGAACCGCGGCAGGAGAGGGCACACGUUUAUGCUACCAGCGGCUCUUUCUCAGCAGCUGCCGCAGUCCUGCUGUUCAAGACGCGCGGCAGCCGGUCCUCGUGACGCCUCUCUGAGGCUGGCACCAGCACCCUGGGACUGUUCUGCAGAGGAGGGAAUGAAGGAAAGGGAGUUCUCCAGGCACAGAGAGUCUGCAGGAGCUGCCAGUUGCCAGUUCCCAAGUCACCAGACCGCUUUUUUCACGUGUGUGUGUGGCAUUGUUUUGUUUGCUUUGGCUAUGUGUAACUUGGUGGGCGCGAGAAAGCAGCUGUUUCUUCUGGACUUGGCCUCUGCCAGGGGCAGAUCCAAAUGAACGGGCUUUCGCCACGAGCAGGCCGGCAUUUCUUCCAGCCGGCAAAGCAGCCAGAGGCGAAGCCGGCUUUGGGUGAGGUGAGGCUAUGGGGCACAGGAAGGAGGCAGCGAAACUUGACUGAUGCCACCUUGUAGCCAGGUGGGUUGUGCACAUGCCGGAGAGGACGACCCCAUCCAUCUCUGUGCAGCGCUGCACUUGGCUUCGCCUCACAGGCUCAGCGGCUGGAGCUGAGCAAAGCGAGGUGCUGAUUUCAGACAGGAAGGCCUGUACGCACUAAAGAUGACCCAGAGAAGGUGACUUUCUCUGAGGGGUCAGUGCCUCCACCACAUAACAUGCCUAACAUUUCAAAAGCCUUAUUUUUAUUUUUUUUAUUUUUUUAUUUUUUUCAUAGACAGGGAGAAACAUUGUUUUUUUUAAGACACUGGACUUGCCUGCAAUGGAAAUAUACAUUGCAAGUGGGUUUCACAUGUAUUUUUUGCUACUCGUGCACUUAGAAGUCAAUUUUCAGAGAUGCUGAUGCUACAGCUAGGCUCUGCCUAGGCUCCAGACCUCCCAGUGUGGCCAGUUUCCCUGAGCAGGGGCUGCCACAGGCUCCGGCUUCGAAGGGUGAAGCAGUGCUCCAAGGAGCACAGGCCUGGUGGGACACAGCGUGGGAGCAGCGCUUCCCCAGGGCUCGGGGCUGUGGCAGAAGGGCUUCUCCCAGCCCGGCCCUCAGGGACAGGGCAUUACCCAGUCCUUCCCCCUGAGCUGAAUGCCCAAAACCCAAGGAGUUUUGUUGUGUGCUCGCAAGCGGCUCUUGAAUUGGAAGACUGGUUGAAAUACCAAAAAAAAAAAAAAAAAAAAAAGAGGCACUUCUGCUGCAGGCAGGUGGGCUGCUUCUCGCAGAAAAAAAAGCGGACGCACAAAGCCCGUGUCUGAGCCCCCGAGUGCGGGAAGGCUGCGGUAUUGGGCGGAGGGGCCGGGAGGGGCCUCACUCCAGCAUCAGGCCUGUUCCUCCCCGCCGCAGGCCAGGCUCAGCUGAGCUUUGCGCCUCUUGGCUAAGCUGACAUGGGGCAUCUUGUCAUCCCUGCAGGAAAGUAAGCAGAAAUGAGAAUGGUGGCAAGAGACGCUUGAAGGGGAACUCGUACCCCAUAGUUGCAUUGCUGACGGAAAGGCCAGGGCGCAGGGGACUUCGGCGCUCUGCAAAGGGCAGAGCCCUCUGCUGAACGCAGGGACGCUGACCGGGGGGAG